AUGGCCGAGGGGGCUCCCGCUCAGGCGCCGGAGCCGGUGCUGCAGCCCCGCUGCCCCUCGCCCCUCCGGCCGCCGGCCGGCCCCGAGCGCACCUCGGAGCGGGAGACGCAGACGGCCGAGCUGUCCCUGACGGUGGUGGCGGCCGUGCAGGCGGUGGAGAGGAAGGUGGACUCCCAUUCCACCCGCCUGCUCGACCUGGAGGGUCGGACAGGGAUGGCAGAGAAGAAGCUGAUCGACUGCGAGAAGACGGCGGCGGAGCUGGGGAACCAGCUGGAGAGCAAGUGCGCGGCGCUGGGCACCCUCAUCCAGGAGUACGGGCUGCUCCAGCGGCGCCUGGAGAACAUGGAGAACCUGCUGAAGAACAGGAACUUCUGGAUCCUGCGGCUGCCCCCGGGCAGGAAGGGGGAAGUCCCCAAGGUGCCGGUGACGUUUGACGACGUGUCCGUCUAUUUCAACAACAAGGAAUGGGAGAAGCUGGAGGAGUGGCAGAAGGAGCUGUACAAGAAUGUGAUGAAGGGCAACUACGAGUCGCUGAUCUCCCUGGACUAUGCAAUUUCCAAACCUGGUGUUUUGUCUCAGAUCGAGCAAGGAGAGGAAUCGCGGGUCAGGAAUGAGCAGGACUUGGAGGAGAGCGAGAUCAUUACCGAUGCCACCGCAGCUGGUAUAAGGGUUGUGAUCAAAACGGAGGAGCUCCUUCCUGAAGACAGCCCCGAAAACCCCGAGCUCCACGGGAUGUCGGGGCAGUCGGAGGGGAGCUUCCAGAGUCCGGAUGAGGAGGCAGCCUGCGAGAGCCCCUACGGCUCCGUCUCCCCUCCGAGGGACCUCCCGGGAACCAGCCUGGGCGACUCCUCCGAAUAUGUAGCUGACUUCAACGAGAUCCAGAGAGUCAUCGUUCACCACGGGAGCUGCACAGAGGACGGGAUCGUGAUCAAGACGGAGGAGGAGGAGGAGGAGGACGACCCCGACACCCUGGAGCCGUGCGCCAUGUUCUCGGGGAGGACCGAGCCGCCGGCGUUCCCUAGCCACGAGGCCGGGCUGGGCUGCGAGGCGCAGUGCAGCUCCAAAACGCAGCCCAGGAGCCUGGCGGCCACCCGCGUGGGGAAGCCCCCCGCCUGUGAGAGGGACUCCGGGGAGAUGAAGCCGGCCAUCGCCCAGCAGCGGAACCGGACGAGGGAGAGACCCUACAUCUGCCCCGAGUGCGGGAAGAGCUUCAUGCUCAAGAUCAACUUCAUGAUCCACCAGCGCAACCACCUCAAGGAAGGGCCCUACGAGUGCCACGACUGCGACCUCAGCUUCCGCAACAAGCAGCAGUUCCUGCUGCACCAGCGCAGCCACACGCGCCGAGGCGUGGGGGUCCCCCGGCGCCCCGAGCACGGCCUCAAGCCCCAGCCACGGCCCCCGCCCCCGGGGAAGCCCUACAAGUGCUCCGAGUGCGAAAGCAGCUUCAGCCACAAGUCGAGCCUCAGCAAACACCAGAUCACCCACGUCGGGGAGCGGCCCUUCACCUGCGGCGAGUGCCGGCGGAGCUUCCGCCUGCAGAUCAGCCUCAUCAUGCACCAGAGGAUCCACGCCGGCAAGAGCGAGAUGGCCUUCCUCUGCCCCCAGUGCGGGAAGAACUUCACCCGGCCCUCCCAUCUCCUGCGGCACCAGCGGACUCACACCGGCGAGCGGCCCUACCAGUGCAGCCAGUGCGAGAAGACCUUCAGCGAGAAGUCCAAGCUCACCAACCAUUACCGCAUCCACACCCGGGAGCGCCCGCACGCCUGCGCUGUCUGCGGGAAGGGUUUCAUCCGCAAGCACCAUCUCCUGGAGCACCAGCGCAUCCACACGGGCGAGCGGCCCUACCACUGCACCGAGUGCGGCAAGAACUUCACCCAGAAGCAUCACCUCCUGGAGCACCAGCGGGCGCACACCGGCGAGCGGCCCUACCCCUGCACCGAGUGCACCAAGUGCUUCCGCUACAAGCAGUCCCUCAAGUACCACCUGAGGACGCACAUGGGAGAGUGA